GCAUUAGACCAGACCAGACCGCCAUGGCUCUGAACACCCUGUUGGCCUCCGUCCUGUGCACCCUGGUCCUGCCGCUCCUGCUGAUCCUGGUGGCGCUGAAGCUGUGGGAGGUGUACACGGUCCGGGGCAGAGACCCAGGCUGCCCCCGGCCCCUGCCCCCCGGAUCCAUGGGUUUACCCUUCAUAGGAGAGACUCUGCAGCUCAUUCUACAGAGGAGGAAGUUCCUGCGGAUGAAGCGGCAGAAGUAUGGCUAUAUCUACCGGACACACCUGUUUGGGAACCCCACGGUGCGCGUCACCGGAGCGGAGAACGUCAGGCACCUCCUCCUGGGGGAACACCGGCUGGUGUCGGUGCAGUGGCCCGCCUCCGUGCGUGCCAUCCUGGGCUCCGACACACUGUCCAAUGUGCAUGGAGCCCAGCACAAGACCAAGAAGAAGGCCAUCUUGCGAGCCUUCUCCAGGGACGCUCUGGAGCUCUACAUCCCUGUCAUCCAGGAGGAGGUCCAAGUGGCUGUGAAGGACUGGCUGGGCCGGGACUCCUGCGUCCUGGUCUACCUGGAGAUGAAGCGCCUGAUGUUCCGCAUCGCCAUGAGGAUCCUGCUGGGGUUCGAGCCAGAGCAGAUAAAGAUGGACGAGCAGCAGCUGGUGGAAGCUUUUGAGGAGAUGAUCAAGAACCUUUUUUCUCUGCCCAUUGACGUCCCCUUCAGCGGACUGUACAGGGGUCUAAAGGCAAGGAACUUCAUCCACUCCAAGAUAGAGGAGAACAUCAAGAAGAAGGUUAGAGACUCUGACAAGGAUCCCAAACACAGAGACGCCCUCCAGCAGCUCAUCGACAGCAGCAGGAAGAACAGGGAACCUUUGAGCAUGCAGGCCAUUAAGGAGUCUGCCACAGAGCUGCUGUUUGGAGGCCAUGAAACAACAGCCAGCACUGCCACCUCUCUGAUCAUGUUCCUGGGCCUGAACCCUGAUGCUGUGGAUCUGCUGAGACAGGAACUGAUGGACAAGGAGGAGCAGGGCAUGGACCUCCAGACUUUGAACAUUGAGUCCUUGGAGCAGUUGAAAUACACCAGUUGUGUCAUUAAAGAGACUCUGAGGAUCAACCCCCCCGUCCCCGGAGGCUUCAGGGUGGCCCUCAAGACCUUUGAACUCAAUGGGUUCCAAAUUCCCAAAGGCUGGAACGUCAUCUAUAGCAUCUGUGACACCCACGACGUGGCCGAAGUUUUCCCCAACAAGGACGAGUUCCAGCCUGAGCGCUUCAUGACCAAAGCAGACUCCUCCUCCAGGUUCCAGUACAUCCCGUUUGGGGGGGGCUCCAGGAUGUGUGUGGGGAAGGAGUUCGCCAAGGUCCUGUUGAAGAUCUUCUUGGUGGAAGUGGUCACCAAGUGUCACUGGACCCUUUUAAAUGGACCGCCCACCAUGAAAACUGGACCUACUGUCUAUCCUGUGGACAAUUUGCCAACCAAGUUCAUGAGUUAUGGACAAACUUAAAGUUGCGUUGGGGUAGUGUAGCGUUAAGUGUAGGGGUUUUCGGAACUAAAGUUUGGGUUCUCCUGGUUCUCCAGGCUUCACUAACACACCUUUCUGCUUUUUGCAUGACAUGAUGUGUACAUACUAUAGAUGGUUGAAGAAUGUAUAUUUGGAUGUUAAUACGAUGGAUUUGUAAAUAGACCUGAAGGUUGAACUGACUUAACAAGAGGCACUACAGACAUGGAACAUUUUAAAUGGAACACUUUAAACAGUCCACAUGUGUAUCUAUAGCAUCCUGUACAUAUGUAAUGUAGUCUGUUUAUAUAACUUUUGUAUUUUACCCAAACUUAUUUAAAUGAGUCAUGUUAUAUUGUAUGGGCUUUUUAUUUAAUAAAAGGGUUUU